AUGGCGAAGGCAGCUGGGGCGGUUUGUGCCUUCAUCUUCCUCCUUGCGGCGCUGCACUGGCAGAGCCUGGCUCAGAGAGCCCCGGCCGUGCCUGACAAAUGCUGCUUCAACUUCCAGACCAGAAGGAUCAAGAGAGACAACGUUGUCGCCUGCUACCCCACCAGCCCCGAGUGCCCACACCGAGCUGUGAUCUUCAGGGUGAGAAAUGGGAAGGAGAUCUGCACCCAAGCGAGCCGGGCCUGGGUGAAGAGGUACCAGCAGAGCUUCCAAGUCAGCUCCUUCUCCAUCCCCAGCUAG